AUCAUGGAAGAAGAUAAGAAGGCCAAGAUCCGUUUUUCAAUUUUCAUUUGGAAAUGCCACGUCCAUAGUAUAGUGUCUCCUAAAGUCAAACGUGUUUCACUCACAGAGCGCCACCUCUCAUAUUGUGCAAAGAAGUCCCAAUAGCUCCCUAUAAACCUUGCUCUUUUGCCGCAUCUCCCGUCAACAAAAAAAAACUACAAAUUUUUUCUAGUCCUAAUUAAUAAUUAACUAAGCAAACCGAACAGUUCGUAAGUUUCUUCUACAUAAACUAAACUUCUUUCUUUUGACCUUUUUGACUAUGGAGGCUCAACAGCACCGUCCUCAGGAUCAUAGUUAUGGAGAAGAUGAAGAUGAAUUAGUAGUGAAGGGGAACAAAGUUGGAUUAAAAACAGCCUUAGAUGAUGACCCUAAUGCUCCAAAAGAGGACAAAUCCCCUUCUAAUUAUCAGAGUAAAGUCACUGACCCUACAUGCGCCAAUAGGGAGGAGGUGGGAACAACUCCACUUGUAGAGUCAUUCGAGAAAAUGAGAGUAAAGGAAGAGAAAGAAGUACGUGCAGAGAAAGAGGGGAAGAGUAAAUCAAGUGAUAUAGGAGUGUCAAUGAAGGAAUACUUUGCGCAGAAGUUCAAGCCACGAGAUGAAGAUAAGGCACUUUCUGAGGUUAUUUCAGGCAAACUUUCAGGACGAAAGGAUGAAACUGUGGAAACUGAACGGGCAAAACCAACAGAAAAAGUGAAGCAACAGGUGGGAGUGGGCACACAAAAAGGGUCCGAAGAACAGAGGGAUGUUGCUGCGGCAACACAUAGUGAAUGUGCAGGGAAGAGUAUGAUAGAUAGGCUUAAAGGUGUUGCUAGUUCAUGGCUUCACAAAGGAGGUGGAAAACCAGCAGCAGCAGCACAGACCCCCUAUUAGUACCCCACCGACUCCUAGUACUCCAGGUGCUACGUAGUAAGUACUAAAUGCUUUUAUAUGUUCAUAAGACUAUAUGUUGGUGGUCUUGUUUCUUUUGUUUGGUGUUAUGCUAGUAUGAUCAAGGUGUAAUCAGUUGUGUAAAUAGAUAAUGGAGCUUCAUGUUGUUUUGGACUGAUCGGAGGUCAGUUAUGUGUGUAUACCUCUCUAAUUUCUAUGGUGAUUAACUUUCAUAUUC